CAUGCGUGUAUUCACUUCCGCAUUUUCAUAGUGCACAUGCGCAUCACGGCCUGCUUUCAGUUUGAAGCCCAGCGAGGGAAAACCAUCCCAAGUACGAACUUUGGUCAUCGCCACUAUCAUGCCCGUCUGUGUGCUAGACGAGGGGAAGGGGCCGGACCACCAGGGAACCGUCCACCUGACCAUAAUACCCAUCUCGCACAUCAGCACCAGCAGGAACCACGCCAACCACUCAGUCAAGGGCAGGGUGGUCCAGAAAGGUCCUCUGGUGUCGUCGUCCAAUCACAACUUCAUCUUAAAGGCCGUGCUUCAAGAAGUCGACCCGUCGCCUCAGCGCGUAUCCAUCAACAUGGUCUUGUUAGGGACGCUGGCCAAGGACUUCUCUCAGGCUGUCAGUGAAGGGGACGUGGUGGUGGCGUCCGGCUUCUCUGUGGGCAAAUCUCCCACGGCCCUGAAGGACAAACGGCACCCGUGUAACCUGAUGCUGUCUGGAGACGACGCCUUCAUUCACGUGAGGGUGGGUCAAGCGCUACCGGCUAACUCUACAUCGCCAAAGGCCGUGAAGCGAAAGAUGCCCGCCGAGGGUCUAAAGUACCAGUAUACCAAGCUCAACAACCUGAAGGCCGGUGAAGUGGUCAACGUGUACGGGGUUGUGGUCUUCUUCAAGCAGCCCUACAUGAGCCGCGGAUCAGACUUCUGCUCCAGUCUGAAGAUAACUGACCAGUCUCAACUGAAGAUCAGCUGCACCAUCUUCUGCAACAAACUGGAGUCCCAUCCCCAAAUCCUCCAGAUCGGCAACAUCAUCCGCAUGCACCGAGUCAAGGCUCACCCGUACAACGACACCCUCACGCUGCUCAACACCUUCGGUUUUUCCGCCUUGGUGUUUGACGGGACGGUCGGCGCCGCCGUGGAGCCCCGCACCGCCAGCAAGUCCUUCCACUUCGCAGAGGAGGAUCGCCGCGCUGUGGAGGAGCUGCGCUUGUGGGCCGCCAGCCAGGCUCUGCCACGCGCCGACGCUGCGCUCACUCUGUCGGCUGUCCAGCCCAAAAUGUACUUCGACCUCACCUGUCAGCUGCUCGCCAAAGCCACCAUCGACUCCAUGUGCACCCUGCUGAGGGUAUGGGACGGCACCAGGUGUCCUCACGCCCUGCUGAAGGUGGCGGCGGAGCCCGACAUGGUGGAGGGGCCCACCUCCUUCUCCGAGGAGCACGAGAAGCUCAUCGCCAGCGUGCUGGUCUACGACAACCACGUGCCGUUUGCCCAGCAGAUUAAGCCAGGAGACUUCCUGAGGAUCUACAACCUACGAGCCAUCCCAGGAUGGGUGAAGACGCCCGACACGAGCAGCCCCCGGUCAGAGGAGGUCAACCAUUUGUCCUUCCACCUGCACGGGGGCACGGCGUACGGCAGGGGCAUCCGCCCUCUCCCCGACGACAGCCCUGAGAUUCAGGACAUGAGGAGAGCCAUGGAUGCCUUCCAGGUGCACCACGAGGUCAGCCACCAUGACGUGAACGACUCGGUGCUGUGCGGGGCGUGGGCAACGCCGCCAUGUUGUCCAGAGCGUGACGCUUCAGUGACGUGCAGCACGGAGAGAACAUGCGACCACAUCUUGGAGCCGUUGACGCUGAGCGAGGUGAAGCGGUCCCUCCCGGGCGGCACCCACCACCACGUUCGAGUCCAGCUCCGAUCCUACGAGCCCCGAAGACUCCAUCAGGCGCUCAAGCUCUACUGCAGCAAAUGCACCAGCAUGCAGGACGUCCCGGACGAAGAGCGUUUGGACAACAUCUUCUCCGAGGCGGGUGCCGACGCCGACUCCGAUCCCAUGCAGAGCUGGAAUAAUCCCCCGCCGUGGAUUCGCUCCGACGAUGUCCACGUCCACGCAGAACUCACUCGAAACCCGCCUGUUCGAACCCUGAACGUUUCCACGUCAGCACAGCUCUUGUCCGAGGGCAAGGUCAAAGAGCUCAUCUUCAUCACAGGUACCACCCUGCAGGAGACGUGUCAUUUAGCCGCCGGGUACCACAACGUUGUCCCCAUGAAGUUAUCAGAAGGUCAUCUGUCUCUGCUGGACCCACCCGCGCCUUUCCUCUUCCGGGGCAGAAAGCGGUUCUACAGGUGCCAGCAGUGCUCCAAGACCUCCUUGAGGGAACCAAACACCGACGGAGUCCUUGACGAGAAGACUAUCAGUGAAGCGUUGGGCGUGCAGAUGCUGAAGUUUGUCCUGCUGAUGAAGUUCCGGCUGCAGGACGCCACCGACACCCUGGACGUCUUCCUGUGGAGAGAUGCCGAGUCGUUCUUCAACGUGUCGGCCGACGACGCCACAGCCAAUCAGGAGGCCCAAGACAGCAUCCGUCAAACUCUGGACCUCUUGUGUCCACCGUGGGACCGCGCAGGUGAGCGUCCGUGGAUGGACGCGUGUUUGAGGGCGUAUCGGCCCAGCGAGGAGGACGACACGCAAACGUUCUACCAAAUGUGCCACACUUCCACAUCCAAACCCCCAUUUUGAACCCUGAACACAGCAAAUAGCUAAUGAAACU